AUGUCUCGAGCUUCUACAGCUGGACCUUCGAGAGCUUCCAGUCCCGCUAUCGGUGGUUAUACCUCAACUACAUUCACUCCUUUACCUAGAUCCUUACUAUCAGGUACAGGAUACAGGUUUUCUCCAACUCCUCCACCAGAACCUCCAUUAGAUGUAGAGAUGGAUGGACGACCGGCUUCUGGCCCAAGUACUGCGUUACUGGGAGACAAUGAAAAUGCAAUGGAACCUGGUGAAAUCCAAGAAUCGUCUUUCGGAGCGGAUAUAUUCAUCGAUGAGAUACCUAAAAUAUCACCUCCUUUACCUAAUACAGCAGAAGCUGAAUCGUCCAAAUCGAAUGAUCAUUUUCAACCUCCAGGUCUAUUUAGCACUUCUUUGAUGACAACUGUCAAUUCAUCAAAAGAUAGUUUGUCUGUAGAAUUGCACAACCCACCCGUUUUGGGAGAUGGGAAAGGAAAUGGAAAAUCAAAAGGCAAAGGGAAGGUCAAUGAUGGAAUUGAAGUCGAUCCUGAAUUACUGUUACCUUCCCACGUGUUGGUGGAUUCAACAUCACCAACAAAGAGAGACCACAUUGAGGGAAAUGAAGGGGGUGUCUCUGAGGAUGAGGACCAGAUGGAAGGUUUAUAUUUUGUCGAUGAUGAUAUCAGUAAAGGCUCUAAACGGUAUUUCGAUCCGGAACAAGACGAAUCAAAGGAAGUCGAAGCAACUUUUUUGGCAACAGCUGAUCAAAGUAAGAUUUGCCAAAAUUGUAAAAGACCUGGUCAUCGCAGUAAAGAUUGUAAACAUGUUAUCUGUACAACGUGUGGAGCCGAAGAUGCUCAUGAGAGAAGAGAUUGUCCAGUCGGUCUAGUAUGUUUCGGUUGUGGAGGUAGAGGUCAUAGAAAACAGGAUUGUCCAGAUCCAACAACCAGGAUGUCCAAGAGGACAGGUUGUGACAGAUGUGGAAGUAGAGAUCAUAUGGAGAAUACCUGUCAUACGAUUUGGAGGGUCUAUUCCUACUUUUCGACUGAGGUCAGAUCAGAGAUUCAAAGGGAUAAGCUAAAUGCUGAAGGAUGGGAAAAGGAAGCUAUUGGUGGUAGGUCGUCCGAUGAGUGGUGUUACAAUUGUGGAAAAGAAGGUCAUUUAGGCGAUGAUUGUCAAAAACGUCGUGGAUCACUUGCACGUUUAACGGUCCCUUCUGCAUUCUCAUAUGAGAUGGCAUCUAGAGGACCAUUCUUCACUACCACAUUACAAUCAUCGUCAUCGUCGAAGAGAAAUAAUGCAGAUCUACCUCCACCUACACAUUCAAGAUUUGAAGAUAAUGAUAAUGGUGAUCAAGACGACUAUGAUAAUUUACCGUUUAUAUCUGGCGGAUAUAAGAAUUUUGGAGGAUCAAAUGCAGGAAAGAAAACGCGUGAAAAGGAAAAAGAGAAAUUAAGACAAUUAUCGAGAAACAAGAAUGGUCUAUCAGAUGAGGAUGAUGAGGAUGAUGGACCCAAUUGGUUCAAGAACUCGAAUAAUAACAAUAGUAAUAGAGGUGGAGGAUUGAAUAUCAGGGGGAGAGGUGAUCGUGGUUUUCGUGGUAGUGGUGGCCGUCGCAUAGAUGAUAACGGUAAUGGUAAUGGUAAUGGGUAUUCAACACCUAACUCAAGAAAUAACAAUAACUUCGCCAAGAAACCUUGGGACUCAGAAUAUCGUGAACGAGAUCGCAACCCCAAUGGUCAUAGGGGUAGAAAUGGAAAUGGAAACGCAAGGGAAAGAUCGAGAUCACCACCGCCGUCCACAUCCAGAAGGAAUGAUAAUCGAGGGAUGCCAUUUUCACAUGGUUAUCUAAUGGAUUCAUCUUUACCUAUACCUUCUUCUGCGCCUGCAAAAGUGAUCUCUUUCGGAAAAUUGUCUGAACCUGGAUCCAAUCGCAAUUCAAAUACCCAUAAUACAAGAAGUCAUGGGACGGCUUCAGCAAUGGGAGGUGCAAAAGCUUUGAUAAAUCGUGCGUUAGGUAAUAAUAAUAGUACACCAAAAGGAGGAGCAGGAGAUGGGGGUCAAUCCACUCCUUCUCGCACACGUGGCGGGAAACACAAUAAUAGCCCAUUAGUCAAAACGCCUUCUAGCAAUAUCAAUAAUAACAAUAAUAACAACAUACCAAUCGUGGAGAUUCCAUCUUCUAGAAAGAAGAACAAGAGUAAAAAUCAAAAUCAAAAUCAACAAGAUAAAGAUUGGGAAUCUGAAUGGAGAAGAUCAGGUGGUGGAGGUGGGAAAGUUGAUCAAUGGUCCAAAGAAUUAGAUAAACGAGAAAAAGAAUUGAAAAUCAAAGGUAGAAGUGGUGAAUUAAAUGCCGCCACUGGUGGAAGAAUCACUUCGACCACACCUAAAAGUGGACCUAAAGGCGGUAGUGGGAAAGGUAAAGGUAACACAGGUCAAAGAUAUCAUGGCGGUUACGAUUAA